AUGGCUGUCAAUAGAUCUACCAAGGUGCUACGCGACAUGGUAGUACUUCCUGAGAUGGAAGAGAAUGGUGUGAGAAUUGAGAACAAGGAUGAGGUUAUUGGAUGGCUUAUGCAAGAGAGAACAUGGGGAGGCAUUACAAGUACAAAUAUCACUUGGAUCUUUCAUCGACUUCAUAGGGAACGAGAAGAAUCGGGUGUAGAAGAUGAAGAUGAAAGUGAAGAGGAACGAGGUUGGGUGGUGAGAGGUCCUCUACUGAUUCUCAAGAAAUGA